AUGAGUCCAGUCUCUUCAUUAUCAAUCACUGUUCCACAACAAGUGAUCCACUCAUCAUCGCGUUUUGCAUCAAACGGCAACAGAUAUUUUGACCCCCACGGAAUUGAGCUACAAGACAUUGAACAGACAGAUGGAGAUGUUAACAAAGCUUCGGGGUUGCAAUAUGACCCUUACCGCGAGCAAACCCAUGAAUUAGAUACGUCUAUGCGCCGACGCCGGCCAAGUGUUUCAACACAACACACAAACAGCUCUGUUGCUUUAAUGUACGGAAGUGAAGCAAACCCCCAUGAAUUCCCAGAGGGUGGAAAGGAAGCAAACUUGGUGCUUCUUGGUUCGUUUCUCGGGUUGGUUGCUGAUUUUGGUGUCCCAAAUGCAUUGGGUGCCAUUGAGUCAUACGUUUCUUCAAAUCAGUUGAAGGAUGUAUCAAAGGCUGAUAUAGGUUGGGUGUUUUCCUUGCAUUUGGGUGUCAUGUACCUUGGCGGCGUAUUUUUUGGAGAAUUGUUCGAUACCUUUGGUGCUAAGAAGCCAUUAAUAGGUGGUACUGUUCUCAUGUGUGCAGGUUUAUUCUGCACUGCAGAGUGCAAGACAUUGUAUCAGUUUGUUUUAAGCUUUUCGAUUUUGACAGCAAUCGGAACCAGUGUCGCCAUGUCCCCCUUGAUCGGGGCUUUGAGUCAUUGGUAUUUGAAGAAAAGGGCAAUGGCAUGUUCAAUAGCUACAAUUGGUGGUUUAGUAGGAGGUUCAUGCUUUGCGAUCAUGUUACAGCAGCUAUAUGAUAAAAUAGGAUACAAGAAUGCAAUCAGAGUGUUGAGCUGCAUUUGCUUCUUUUGUAUGAGCUGUGCCAUAGUAUUGGUAAGGGAGAGAAAAGUGAGAACUGGAGAAGUUGGUGGACAAAGCGGUGCACCAACCCGAACUGGCAGUGUCUCUAUUAACGAGAUGGAGCUGAUUGAAGAAGAAGAAGAGGAAGAGAUUGCAAUAGUUCAUGAAGAGGGCAUUGACCAUACCGCUUGGUCCAAAGUAUUGGGGUUUCUUAAAGGUGCCUUGGAUUUUUCUGUUUUAAAGGACAUGAAAUUUGUGUCCUUGACAUGGGGUGUGUUUCUAGCCGAGGUGGUCUCUAUGACCACAUUGACGUACUUGGGAUCGUAUGCGUUGGAGUACGAUGUUAGUGAGACACUGUCGUAUUUACUAUUGACGAUCAUCAAUGUAUGCGGUAUUCCUUCCCGGUUGCUAUCAGGAAUAUUUGCCGACAAGUAUGGCAGAUUCAACAUGAUGAUGGUUUCAUCAACAUUUACUACCAUAUUCAUCUUUGGUCUCUGGUAUCCAGCAAAGAGUGCCACAUUGUUAUAUGUGUUUGGCGUGAUGUUUGGAUUAUCUUCAUCAGCAGUGAUAUCUUUGAUACCAGCGUGUACUGGCCAAAUCUGUUCAUCGGAACGAUUUGGAAAAGUAUAUGGCACUUUGUACUUCUUUUUAGGAAUCUUGACCAUAUUGGGUAUGUAUUUUGCUACAUUGGUGAUUGCAAGCGGUACCAAGAGCAACUACAGUAAUUUCGUUUUGUUUGAAGGGGCUUUGAGUGCAACAUCCAUAAUCGUGUGGAUAUGGGCCAAGUAUAGCGCUGUUGGUUGGAAGUGGUGCAAGUUCUGA